UAAACUGUGGUUCUAGAAUGACCUGCAUAAUCACAAUUGAAGUAACUAAAGCAGGUCAUAUCUAUUUAUAGAUUUAUGCCCUUUUAACAUCAACAAGCAUGUUCGGCAACCUGUCAAAGUGAAACCUUUGACUUAUGUAUAAUCACAAUCACCCAACCUUGUGAUAAACUAUCAGAAACAUUAGACAUAUUGGUAGUUUACGGUGUACUUAUCUGUGCCUGUUCAAGUACAUCUGAUAAUUUCAUCUGAUAAAGAUGGUUGUGAUAACUUUUGAAAAGUGCAACCAAAUCAUGACAGUGCAAUGUAUGUUGGUUCUUUGGUUCCGGAGGUCAUGAACUGUCUAGCUUACUAUGCCAUGAAUAUUUAUCAAAAAGUCUCAAUAUUGCAUAAUGACAACUUUCAUGAAAUCAGUUAAUUUUCUGAGGACAAUCUGGGAAAAGUACGUACUGCACAAAUAGGUAGACCAGACCUUCACCAGACCUUUUAAAUAUGGACAGCAUCAGAUACUGAUCUAAUGUGAAAAAUCUCCUAAAAUGACCCUUAUGCAUGAGACAGCCCUCCUUGGCAUGUUCAUCAUAACAUCAACAGAUUUGAUAAAACAAACUUAAUAUUGUUAUUAUUAUUAUUAUUACAUGGAAUCAGACCUUUGGACUUUAAAAGACUUGGACUUAGGUUUAAAUUCUAUCACUGUUGAAAAUAAAAGUCAGCAUUGUACAGACUAUGUACAGCAAUAUAUUCACAAUUCAAAAAAUAAUUUAUGAUUAUUGGUUAAAUCGAGUGUACGAUUGGGGUGAAAGACAAGUUGGACUGACAUAAGAAAAACAAACCUGUAAAAAUCAGAUAUGUUUCAUUUUAUUUGAACAUAUGAAGAUGCCCCAGGCUAGAACAAAAUGAAAAAUGUCAAUUCAAAUGUGACUUUUGCCAAAACAAAAAUGUCAAACAUUAAACGCAUAUAAUAUAGAGAAGUAUUUGGACACUACACCUGUUUGUGCUUAUCUAGCAUUUAACUUCGAAACCAUUGGCAUUAAUGGGUACUUAACACAAAUUAGAUUACUUUUAGUGGUCUCCUUAAAGGGGCAGCUCCUAUGUUGUUUUUGGCCAACAGUUACUGACAUGUCUCACCACUACAAAAUGAACUCACAUUCUUCUUGUAAGCUAAUCUUUGUGUCCCCAUGGAUAGGCACCAUCAUAUGCAGAUACUCUGUUCUGCACCCUCCUCCCCUUAAGUUCCUCCACCAGCUUCCCAGAUUAGACAAACAGUGCAUCUAGUGCACCCACACACAAACUCACACUAAUCCCAGAUACAAGUCAGAGUAAGAGUUCAUGCACACAAAGGAGACAUAGGGUUACAAGUAUGAGCAACUUUGGGUACCGAAAAGAGCUUGGAAAGUAUGAGGACAUAGAUGAAGAUGAACUUCUGGCCUCCCUGACCAGCGAGGAGCUCCAGGAGCUGGAGAAGGUUAUGGCUGAAAUGGAACCGGAUGAGAACAUACCCACUGGGCUAAGGCAGGAGGACCAGACGGCCAAGCGGCCAACGGGCGCUUUUUGCCGAGAGGCUCUGCUGAAGUACUGGGAGGACGAGACUCACAGAUUGCUAGAGGACAGCAUGGAUGAGUGCCAGACAGAUAAGAGCGAACAGGAAUGUGGCAGUGAAGAGCCUGAGGAUAAUGAAGAGGAGGGAGAGCAACAAAAUGAGAUGUUUAGAAAGGGGGGUGAUGGGGAGAAAAAAGUUAGGUCAAGCAAUUGGAACUUUGUGGACUUGGAUUGCAAGGGGAAUGGCAUUAGUGGUCGAAAACCUAAUGGCAUCCAUGAAGGUGCCCUCCACCAUCACAUUUCUCCAGAUAGCCCAAGUAGCAAUCCCACUGAUAUUGAUAAGACCUUGGAGAACAUCUUGAGUAAUGACACCUCCUUGAGUGAAGUCAACCUAAACAACAUCGAGAACAUAUCCCAGGGGGUUUUAGUGAGUUUUGCUAAUGCCUUAAUCUCAAACACUCACGUUGAGGUUUUCAGCAUUGCCAACACCCAUGGGGAUGACCAAGUAGCUUUGGCCUUGGCCAAAAUGCUGAAGAAGAACUGCAGCAUCACCAACCUUAAUGUUGAGUCUAACUUCAUUUCAGGCAAAGGUAUCCUGGCUUUGAUUGGGUCACUUCAGUACAACACCACACUGGUGGAGCUCCGAUUCCACAAUCAGCGACAUAUCUGUGGAGGCCAAGUGGAGAUGGAGAUGGUGAAAUUGCUGAGGAAAAACACCACCCUGUUGAAACUAGGCUACCACUUUGACUUACCUGGCCCAAGGAUGAGCGCAACUGGCAUUUUAACGCAAAAGCGGCUACAGCAAAGGAAAGAGCAAGACAAUUUGGAAAGAAGUGCAGAACAAUCAAAGACAUGGGAUACUAUGGACAACACGCAGUCUGUUCAAUUCCAUAUUCCGACAGACAAGGACACUACGCUAGUGAAGCAGAACUUGGUCUCUUCUCAUUUACAACAACCUCACAGUCAGCCAAAUAGUGUGAAGAAUGUGCCGACUAGGAAAAUUGCUGAAAUGGUCAAGCAACAAGAAGAAACAGCAAUGGAUAGUGUAGGUCGAAACCAGGCUAAUGCAAAUAAAGGACUCAAACUCACAGGGGACAAACAUGGCAAGAACAUUCAAGAUGAAAAAAUAUUACCUUUGAGAAGAAAAGAUGACACAAAUAAUCUGGGAGGCGCCCAGGGGUCAACACGUGAUGAUCUACUGGCAGCCAUUCGUGGCAGCAGCAUUGGUACACUAAGAAGGGUCACCAAUCAUCAUUGUUCCUGAGGUAUGAAACAGCUCUGAUAAAAUUAAUCUAUAUAAUAAAUAUAACACAUUUACUUUUGUUCUCUUUUCCAGUGUUGAAAUUGACCUAGUUUUUUUUUAUACAUACAUAUUUAACAAUAGCAUAUUUCCAAAUUUCUUUUCACCAACAAAAUAUUAUGCUCAAUAAGUACAGUUUGGACAGCUGCUGUAGAACUUACACCAUAAUGGUAAAAAUCAAAAAAGAAAGUAGUUGACAUUUCAAUAGCUUUGAAUAGUUGAAAGCUCAUUCCCAUAAAUUCGAUUCCAACGGAUCAGUCAUGCAUCUAGUUGGUUCAUUCUGUUUGAUUUGAUCAAAUAAAUUUAGCCAAAGAAAAAAGAUGUACAGGUACACAAGUAUAUAUAAGAUGGCAAUGCUAAAAGGUAAAAUCUACAUGCACUGCAAAAAUGUAGAUUACAAAAAAACAAACACCAUAUCUCAGGUUUGUAAAUAUUACCAUUUAUUUAAGUAUAGAAUUUAGUGUUUUCAUUCCACAUUCCAACCCUUUAGUAAGAUUUGAUGUCAAUUGUACAAAUCUUUCAGCACUAUCCUUAACAGACAAGGACAGAAAAUUCAGUUCAGACAGACAAUACUGUUAAACCAGCAUUAAUUGUACACAAAUGUUUGUUGUUUUCUCCAUGACCUUAAACGUAGUUGUCAGUCAACCAUUGACCUGUAAAAGCUUCUAACAAAUGUACUUUGUGAAGUGUUUUUUUUUUUUUUCCUUUUCUUUUUUUUUCUUGAUAUGACUGGAAAUUCUAUAUUUGUGAAUUGAUGGCUUUUCACAUUCAGGAGCAAGCUGUACCCAUGACUUUUGCCGGUUUGAAUUCACCGUAUAUUAUUUUCUUGUUAAUAAAGUGAAAUCAAAAACUCCAAACUGUCUACUUUGUGAUGUGCAAUGUAGUGUAACGCUGAUCGUGAUUACCACAGAAAUCAUAUUUAGUGUUCAGCCAAUGUGUUCUCAUCCUGCAGUGAAUUUCCUUUUGUUAUUCGUGCAAAAAUAUAUAUAGCCUCAAUAUAUCAGCCUGGUGUACAUUUACAAGGGAAACAAUACAGGGGACAUACAUAUUCUGAUAGGAGAACCUCUUACCAAAUCUAAGAAUGCUAAACUAGGAUUUGAAUAAGAAAAUCGAAGGUACAGAAAAGUAGGAUAUGAAAAUAGUGUUAUCUAAAUCAUUAAUCAACAAUUAAUAAGGACAUCAAGCGUCCCGUCCAUCUCCCUUCCCCCACUCACAGGGAAACAAAAACAUUCAGGUCAACAAAUCAUGAAUCCUGGCAUAAAACUUCACAUGGUUAUUCCAGGACAUUAUUUUACAGAGGAUAAAUGACAACUUUACAGAUUACAUGAGGUAUUGCACAGAUUAUUUAAAAAAAAAGAAGCAAAAAAGGCAACAAAAAUAUACAGCGAUUUUGAAAAGAAAAAAAGAA